AUGUCAGAUGUUCAUAUUCUUCAAAUGAAUAUCGAACAAAAAACAGCAUAUCAAGAUAUUUUUGAUUCUGUAACAAGACAAGAAGGCAAUUUAUUCUUUUUAAAUAGACCCACUAGAACUGGUAAAACUUUUUUAUACAAUACUCUAGCAAUGAAAGUCUGCACUCAUUCAAUGUUUAAAAUUUUCCUUGACAUUAAUGAUGAUUCUUCAUGCUCAAUCAACAAAAACUCUGAUCUUGCCGAUUUAUUACAACAAACAUCUCUCAUCAUCUGGGAUGAAAUCCCAAUGCAAUAUCAUAACUGUGCUGAAUCUGUUGACCAUACCUUACAAGACAUCUGUGAUGACCCACAUCCAUUCAGAGGAAUUACAGUAGUAUUCGGUAGUGAUUUUUGUCAAAUAUUACCCAUUAUAACUAAAGGCUCUUGA